CGCAAUUAUAUGUGGUAAUGGUCGGCCUUGGCAGGUGAUGGCAGUGAGUUGGAAGUGAAAACCGUAAUUAUCGUUAUGUGCUGCUGAGAACGGAGGAAAAGGUGUAUUGGUUGGACUGUAGUUGGGGCUUGUUAUGGAGCAUGAAACUGUGUGUGUUCCUUCAGUCAAGCUGGAGAUUGAUAAAGAAGUUGCAUUUGGGGACAGUGAAACUCUUCGUGAUGACAAGGAUGGAAUUUUCAGAUUUCCUUCCUGUCUGAUCCAAGAUAGUCCAUGUAUUAAAGAAGAAGUGAAGGAUGAAAUUACUGUUGAGGAGGGAGGAGUGAAUUGUGAAAUUGAGGAAGGAAGCAAAACACAUAGCCAGUGUCAGUCUGCAACCAGUGACUGGCCCAUUAAAGUGGAUUUGGAUGAGGACUUGAUUUCACAGGAGAGGAAAAAUGCAUGUGUUAAAGAAAUGGGAGUUAUAAGUAUGGGUUCAUACAUUCAGCAGCAGAGAGAUCCGAUAUCGACCAAGUGUGACGUACCUAUGCAUCUUCAGAAUUUAUAUGUGAAUCAGAAUAAUACUUCUGAUUCUUUCAUAGAUAAGUCUGAAGAAAUGUCUGCUUGCACCAGGAAAGCUGUAAGAACAAGGAGAAUAUAUGGAUGUCAGUUCUGUAUUAAAACAUUUUCAUAUCCAUCUGAUCUAGAUUUACAUACCCGAAUGAUUCAUACUAAAUGCAGAAGCAAAGUCUGUGAAGCAGAGUUAAAGAGGUCAAGUGAACAAGGAAAAGUGCAUGAGUGCAGGAAUUGUUGUAAGCAGACUUAUGGAUUAUUCAAGAAUUUCAGUAGAUGCAAUAAUCAUGUUGAGCCAUAUUCUGCACAUAAAAUCAGAUGUAAAUCAUGUGGCGAAAGCUACAGUCGGUGUUAUUUCUCAAAGGUGUGUUGCAGAAGCGGACGUGAUAUGACUAAAAUUGAUUCUAAGAUGAGGGAUUUUUACUUUUUUUAAUUUUGUACCAGUUUCUUCUUUAACAAAUAAUUGUUGGUUGGUUCAUUUAUCACAGAUGCAUGAAUAAAUCCAAACAAGGAGACCUCAAAAAAUGUUUGGAUGAAUGGAUGACAACCCCAAGCAAAAUAUCAAAAUAUUAAUCAAAUUUUAACUGUUUUAUUGAUUUUAAUUAAGGACAAUUUCUUUAAAAUUAAGAGAUAACUGCAUUCACGUGUGAUACGAGAAGUUGGACAUACCAUACAUUGUAACAAUUGUAGCGAAUUGGAGACACCUCAUUGUGGCUGUGUAUGGCUGAAGCAUGUUGAGAAGGAAAAGGGACAAUAAGUUGUAUUGUAGAUGGAAAUGUAUUGUAUAAAAGUAUCACAAAUGAGGGUAGGAUCUAAGUUAGUAAAGAUGUUUUGGGGUGUGGGUGUUGGUUCCCAUGCUCAACCCCCAACCUGGAGGAUAUUGCAGGAUUAAAAGUAAUUUGUCCUUAAUCCUUUCUGGUCCAUUUAUGACUCCUGCAUAAAUUUUUAAAUUUCGGGGGGUUUGCUGUAAUAUGAUGUCUUGAAUUAUCAAUUUCUUGUGUUUAUAUAUGGGCGUGUGUGUGUGUGUGUGUGUGUGCGUGCGGGCAGUAGUUAAUGUCUCAUGGUUGUAGCUUGAAGGCCUCAAGCUUGAUGUUCUACAGGCCCCAGUGCUCCAGUUGAUUAUAAUUAUAGUUAUACAAAAGUAAACAAGUUUGUAAAAGUAUGUAAUAUACACUCAACAGGCAUAUCCAGUAGAAGGAAUCAUAAAUGAAAUAAGAUUAUAAUGAACUCUUACUAUAUACACAGGAUCUUCAAAAAAUUUUUGAACUUUUUAUUUUACAACCCUAUUUUAUUGAUGAUUACAAAAACAAAAUACAUCGUAUUUCUACAUAUUGACUCUCCUUUUCAACACAUUUUCCCAGUGCCCUGUAAAUUUCUUAAUGUCAUCAUAAUAGAAAGUCUUUGGUUGUGCAUGUAGCUGCUGAUGGACCUUGUUUUUUGCGUUCUUGUAAUGUUGAAAUCUUCUUCCUCCUAGAGCUCCUUUAAGUGGUCCAAAAGGUGACAGUCAGAUGGUGCAAAACCUGGACUGUGAGCUGGGUAUUUCAUGACUUCCCACUUCAAUUUCCUGAGGGUUUCCAAUGUGUGGGCUGCAUAUGGGGAUAGGCAUUGUUGUGCAACAACAGGAUGCCUUCUAACAAUCUCCCUCUUUUUUUAGAGUCGAUUGCAGACUUCAGCUCUCCCUGUAGCAUGUUAAAAUAAGUUGCACUUGCAACAGUCGUUCUACAUACCAGGUAGAUCUCAAGUAUAGGCCCUUGAGAAUCCCAGAAGAUGGUCAACAUCAACUUGCCUGCUGAUGGUUGCAUCUUGAAUUUCUUGCAACGGGUGAUGACGGAUGCUUCCACUGCAUGCUCUUCCACUUGGUUAUUGGUUGAUAGUGAUGAGCCCAGGUUUCAUCACCUGUGAUGAUCUAUUGCAGAAAGUUGUCACCUUUGCAAUAAAUGAGCCAAAUGGCACGAACAAAUGCCUAAGCACAUGCGCUUCUGCUCAUCUCUCAGUUCCUUAGGUACUCACCUGGCACACACUUCAUGGAACUGAGGUUAUUAUGCACCACAGAACAGAUAGACCCAUUAUUUAUAUUCAGUUGUUUUGCAGUUUUGUCGACCAUCAUUCUUCUGUUUUGAAGAUUCAGUUCCAUGGCUCUUCCUUCAUCCUGCGUUGCUGUAGUUGUGGUUAGAUGACCCAGAGCACUCUGCAUUAGUCAUGGUCGUAUGGCCAUUUUUAAACAUUUCAGUCCACAUAUACAUGACUAUGUGAGAAAGAGCACACAUGUGCUGAUGAAUUAAUCCAAAUGGUACACCUACUGAUCACAGAUCGUUGCUCCUCCUUGGUGCAAUUCUCAAGUUUUGCUGCCAUGUUCACUGCUUCAUAGGAACUGUCACACUAACUGCAAGGUUAACAGGCUUGCCUUGCCACCAUGACACCCUACAAUACCCCAUCACCCCUCCCACUAUUUCUGUUUUCUUCGAAAAAUAUAAAAGUGUGGGAACUUUUUGAAGAUUCUUUGUAGUAAAACAAUAUUAAACUGAGGUGCAUCUAUUGACUAUUAGGUGAUUAGGUGAUUAUAUUCAAACUAGUGAAAAAUGAAAAGUGUAUAGGCCAGCUAAGGAAGAAAUAAUUUGUAUUAAGGCUUCAGUUUUAAAAUACACUAAAUGAAACCUAAAUGUGUAAAUUAAUGUAUGCUUUAGAGUUAUGUUGUAAUAGAGAGGUAUGUUAAAAGAAUAAAACAAAUCUACUUUUGA